AUGACUGGUCAAAGCCAGCCCCUCGGCACUCUAGCAGAGUUUGACUGUAAGCCUCAGGGUCCGGACACAGGAAUGAUGAACUGGUUGGCAAUAGAUUUUCAGCAACAGCGGGGUUUCGUGGCAAACAGCUCUGACACACAGCUGCAAACGUGUCCCGGGAAUCCCCCCACAGCCGACCUCAUUACAACUAGUUCACCGACCGAAAUUAUGAUGAAUUCAUCAACUGAAAUGCCAACUGAAAUUAUGACUUCAUAUACUGAAAAGACAACUGAAAUGAUGACAUCAUCUACUAAAAUGCCAACUGAAAUGAUGACGUCAUCUACUGAAAAGACAACUGAAAUGAUGACAUCAUCUACUGAAAAGACAACUGAAAUGAUGACAUCAUCUACUGAAAUGACGACGCAAAUGCCGACGACAAUGGAAACGACAACAAUAAAGAUGACGUCUACAACAAAAACGAUGACAGCGCCCACAACAACUACGCCACAAACCACUGAAUCAUCAACUGUACCUACAACCACCAUGGCUAAAUCGACACAAACCUCAACUAUGUCAACAACCGCAAUGCCAUCGUUUACUACUACAUCUGCCUCCAUGACAACUACACAGUCGCAAAUGUCUACAACACCUGUCCCUGGAACUGAGUACGGCUGCUCUCAGCGAUAUUACCAGUUUGCAGCACAUGACGACGGCGUCCUAUUCACGGUGGACAAGACCUGCUUUGAGCUUGUCCCCACACGUCACUCGUGGGCGCUAGCGGAGAACGACUGCAGAAACCGAGGAGGACAUCUUGCUACCAUCGACAGUGCUAUGAAACAAAGCGCCAUCUAUCAGGUGGUGAAAACGUACCAAGGCUCUAAUGUCUGGAUUGGUCUGCAUGAUAUCAACGUUGAGGAAAACUUUGAAUGGACGUCAGGUGAAGUGGUGAAUUACACACACUGGUACCCUGGACGCAAGAACGUCUUUCUCCACUUUAGUCAGGACUGUGUUUCCGUAUGGCUGGGUACCCACCUUGGUCGUUGGGAGGAUGAAUCGUGUUCGCAAACCCACGCCUACCUGUGCGAGUUCCCGGGUGUGCCAUCGAGUCAGACGUACACAACAUCUGCACCCGGAUCGGACGGAAACACACAUCUCUGUUCACCUCAAGUACGGAACCUUGCUCAACGCUAUGGUACUGCACUUGUCCAGCACGACAAGAGCUGCUAUGAACUGCUGCACAACCAGGUAACAUGGGGUCAUGCUGAGCAACUGUGUAAACAGGCAGGCGGGCACCUAGCCAAUAUUGGUGAUGCAUCUGAGCAAGCUUACAUACAGGACUUCAUGAUGAAGCACAAUCCAAACAGAGCUGUCUGGAUCGGACUUAAUGAUCACUACACAGAAGGACAGUUCCACUGGACUAACGGUGCCGCGGUGACAUACACCAAUUGGAUAGCCGGACAUCAGGAUAACUUUGUAAACCACAACAUAGAGGACUGCGUUGCCUUAAUACCUUACAAGAACGGCACGUGGGACGACAUCUCUUGUGGGAGACAAGGAUUCUUCGGGGACUCGGGAGAGACCCAUCUUGGAUUCUGCGAAUACCGUUAG